AAGAAGAAGCGUUCUGCGCUGUCGGCCGUCAAGAAUCGUGGUUCUCGGAAGCCGGUCGCAAUGCGCCGUCGCUCAUCCCAGUGGACCCUCGCCACCAAGGACGACAAUGCGUCGGACUCGGGCGAGGAGUACGUCCCUCCGUCGCGGUCGUCGCGCCACCGCCGCCGGCGAUCGUCGCGGCGCAAGUCAAUGUCUCAGCCGACGUCGCCCGCCAGGUCGCGCCGCGGGAGCCACAGGUCGUCGUCGCCGGGGCCGCAUCGCUCCAGCCUGUCGUCUUCGAUGACGUCGUCGACGUCGAUGGCCUCGUGGUUGUCCCGAGCGCCGCGCGGUGCGGCUGCCGCCCUGGCCACCACUGACGACGACCUCUCGUCCGAGAUGGACAGCACCGAUGAGGACGCCGAAACCAAAAGGCUGCGCGAGCCGUCGUUCAACAUGGCCCCCGAGAUGAGCGGCUGCCUGCUGCAGUUCGCGGUGGACGUGAGCCGCAAGCUGCGCGAGGGCGGCGACACGCGCAACCUCCUCGUGUCACCCCUGCUGCUGGCCGGCAUGCUGGUCAUGCUGCUGCACGGCUGCGCGUCGCGCACCAGUGCCUCGGCGGCAGCCCUGGGUCGCGCGCUGCACGUGCACUGGGCGCCGUUCCGCAUGGCGCGCUCCUACGACCGCGUGGCCCGAGCGACCCUGGCGCCCUUCCGACGGCCCAAGCUGCGCGUGCACCACUUCACCUACACGUGCUUCAUGGCGCUCUUCCACGACGACAGCGUGCCACUCGCCCACUCCUACUACCAGAUGCAGGAGCGCCUGUCGUACCUGCUGGUGAGGCGCAACUUCGCGCAGGAUGCCGAGCAGUGCCGCCUGUCGAUGGACGCCCUGGCGCGCGCCCUCUCGUCGUUCGCCUUCAAGCCGGGCCACGACAUCUUCCCGCCGGGCUCGGUGGACGAGCGCAGCCUGGUCGUGCUAUUCUCGUGCAUCCGCCUGGAAGGAGCAUGGCGACACUCCUUCCAGCCGGUCAGCGGGGACUUCCACGAGACGCCCGAGGCCGCCGUCACCGUGGCCAUGAUGCGACAGACGGGCUCAUUCCGCAUGUACCGAUGCUCGGAGCUUGAGGUGACGGUGUUGGAGCUUCCGUACGAGAACCGCGACGUGUCGCUGGUGGUGCUCCUGCCGCGGCGUCUCGACGGUCUCGCGGCGCUCGAGAAGCGCCUGACUGCUGCUCGCCUGCUUCACUGCGUUGCGCGACUCGAGGAGCGGCACAACGUGACGGUGUACAUGCCCAGGCUCAAACUGCGGAGCGUCACCGACCUGGGGCCCGUGCUGAAGGAUAUGGGCCUCGGCGUGCUCUUCACGGACGAGGCGAACCUUAGGUACCUGAGCAAGGCAGAAGGCGCACACCUGUCCGGCGCGCGUCACGUGGCCGUCCUGCACGCCAACCGGAAGGGCGCCACGGGUUCCGAUAGCGCCCCCUCCACUCCCCCUGUUGGCCGCGGCGUGGUCUCUCCGCCGUCGAUGGGCGCCAGUCCGCCCACAAGCCCACCGAGCGGGUCUCUGUCUCCCGCACCAACCGCGUACUCUUCCAGCGCAAUGAGCAGCGGCUCCGCUUUUGACGAGCCGCGCAGCCUGGCGCAGUUCGUGGUCGACCGGCCCUUCAUGUUGCUCAUGCUCAAGCGCAGACCCGACGUCGUGCUCCUGCUCGGCUCCGUCAAGAAGUUGGUUUAG